GCUAAAAGAGAAAGGGGCUUCUCUGAUUAAUGGUGCUGAAAAGACCUGCCAUGAACAGGAUUCGUGGCUGGGGGCGUCCAGAUAUUUUCGUUGUGAUUAUUGCAUAGAAACAAAGGAGACGUGUUGAUGAUGGCCCAAAGAGAGGAAAACCCUCAAAAGCCUGCAAGAGAAAUGAGUACACUGCACCAGACAGCAAUUUGCUUACCCAUCUCCCUCUCUUCCUCUGUCUCAAUCUCCUUGUUUUACUCCUGUGUCUCUUCUUUCUUUCUCUCUUCAGCUUGAGUCUUGUCCGCUUCAUCCAUCUCCCACCGACUGCAGAAGCUUUGUUUUUUUAGCCUUUUGGUAUCCUCUUUCUUGCUUUAGCCUUUGAUUUCAGAGAGAAAUGCCUUUAGCACGAUAUGAAAAUAGUAUGGGAAAUCGAUCACUCUCUCAUCGGCAAAGAAGUGAGCUAUAUUAUUGUAUGAUGAGAUCGACAGUAGUCAUUGAUUGUAAGAUCGUUAGAGAUGUGAUCGAUAAAGGAAGAACGGUGAUAGAUACACGCAGAGGUGGAGGUGUGAUUUUGAACGAGCAAGGGUUGAUACUUACAUCGUUGAGGCUUGUCCACGAGGUUUCCUCAAUCUCAGUCACACUUUCUGACAUGACAACUACAUAUGAGGCAACAAUAGUAUUUGAUAUUGUUAAUUCAGAUUUAGCUCUAAUUAAGAUUUCUGAAUUAGGAGGAGGGCAACGACUGAUGUACGCUCAAAUUUCACCUCAAGUUUUGGAUGUAGGUCAAGAAGUAUUAUCUAUCGGUAGUUCAUAUCAAUUGCCACCUUUUCAUUGCUCAUAUUCAUAUGCCAAUGAGUUGGUUACUGUCGGAACUCAAAAUGUUUUGAAUGAAGAAGUCAAUUGGAGGGCACACGACUUUCCAGGAAUGAUGUAUAUGGCAGGUUCUCCCGUGUAUGAUUCAUCAGGAAAGAUUGUAGCUUUGCAGCAGGGUCAUAACUCUCAUCAUGUAACUGGAUUGCCUGGUGAGAAAUUACUUGAAUUUUAUUUAGCCUAUAACGGAUAAGUUAUUGUCGUGGAGGAAGUUUAUAUUGUUGGAUAAUAAGCUUUAUUGGGAUUGAUGCUGUCUUAUUUGUAAGCAACAGAUAUCUAUGUUAUGGGUUUUUUUUUUCUUAUUGUAUCGCGUGUGAACUCUCUAUGUUUGACUAAAUGGAUAAAUAUAAAGAUGUAUGCUUCUUUUUUCUUUUC